AAAGAGCUGGAUGGGAAAGACAGACACAGGGAGGGAUAGAGACAACUGAAAAAGGAACGCACUGGAGGCAACAGAGGCAAAAAGCCAAUCAGCAGAGAGAUAAAACUAUAAAGGUGCAGACAUCAAUGCUCAGACCACUGCCCGGGGAAUAAUAACUGCAUCAAGUGAUAGGGGGAUACACAGAGAAAAGGCGAGAGACAGGGGGAGAUAAAGAGAGGAUGGAUGUACAAACGGAGAAUGCCGACCCCCCGCCUUGCGAAUCCCAGCCAAGUGGAAAAAUCAGAAAAGGAUUCAAGCUGUUUGGCAAACGCAAGCCAGGUAACAUCUUUUCCAUCCGUAGCAAAGGUGAUGGGAACAACAAGUCACCUAUUGCCAGGAGCAAGACCCUGGAUGGAUUAACAGAGACCACUGCGCCAGAUUCGGAGCAGGAGCCGGAGAAGGAAAAGGAGCAGGAGGUGAGUCAAGGAGAGAGUGGGCAGGCAGAGGAGGAGCCAGUAGGUGAAGAUGGCGUUUUGGCUGCCGCUCCUCCUCGCACCUCCAUUUCCUCAGCCACCUCUGCCAGGUCUCUGAGCUUCUUGUCGUUGCUGAGGGGCGGCCGGAGAGGAGGGGGAGACCGCCAGGUCCAAACGGUGUCCCAGCCCGCGGGUCGACAGCGUCGGGGGCUGAAGAGUCUCUUUGGCAGCGUGAGGUUUCGCCAGAGGGAUAAGGAUGACAAGGAGGAAGCCCCGCCGAGCCCGCUUCUCAUGUCGUCCCGCACAAACAGUGUGGAAAUCAUUAAAGAGGAUCUCACCCUCACCCCCAAAUCCCAGCCUCGCUCUCUGGACAGCCCCGAGACUGAGAGCUGUGAGCCGGUGAAGAGUGUAACGACGCAAGACAGCUCAGCCACGACCCCAUCAGAGACAAUAGCUCCCCAGAUGACAGCAGGCAAUGUGAGUAAAACUAAUGAGCAUGUGCCACCACCUUUACCCACGACUCCACCACCUCUGGAGCCCGGUGAGAAUAGUUUGAGCUGCUUGCUGGCAGACAUCUCCUCUCUCCUGACCUUUGACUCAAUCUCAGGGGGUGGAGACAUCAUUGCUGAUGCUGAGGCAGAGUGGGGCAAAGCCAGUAGGGCCCUCGGCACAAUGGGGACAGGGGGGAAGCCUUUAUCAAAAACUCCCUCACCUGAACCUAUCCUCUCCUCUUCACUGACUUCUACUCUCUCUAUCAGCACCACGACUACAGCAAAACCUUCUCCUUUCGCCGCCCGCACCACAUCCUCAUUCCAAUCUUUUACUCCUACAACAAAGCCAACUGUGGUCUGUUCUCCCGUUACCCCACCAAGCUCCACUGUCACUAUUUCAACCAAAUCUUCCACUUUGGCUGCUCAGUCUGUCAAAUCAGGCGCAGACCUUACUCCAGUCUGUAAACCCUCUACGACUACUACUACUAUCAGCACCGCUACUAUUACAAUCAAAUCAACUCCCACGCCGACUGCAACCACAAAACCUUUAACUUCCUCCGUAACAGUGACAAGCUUUUCGAUUCCACUAAUGUCUUCCCCUCCAAUAACAAUGAAAUCCACGCCAUACUCCACCUCUGUUUUUAACACAGCGACUCCUAAGCCCGCUGCCACUGAGGUAAAGACUCCCUCAGCCGGUCUAACAUUUACCUCUACGGCUGGCAAACCAGCUACAGAAAAUGCAGCAGUUACUCCAGUCAGUACAUUUGUGAGUAAACCUAGCGCUGUAGCCGCUCCACCCUCUGCUUCAGCUAAACCAACACCAGUAACCCACAGCCCUCCCACCCCUGUUGCUUUUACUCAUCCUCCAGCCUCGGCUAAACUGGAUUCUUCUAAUGUUUUCAACUUGCAAAGCUCUGUCUCCCCGAAACCUUUGCUAAGUUCAGUUGCAGGUGACGCUAAAGCCCCGGUGACUUCAUCACCAGCCUGCACUGCUCCAUCUGGACUCACCUCUCCUGCAUCAGGUGUGUCCUCAAAGAUGCCAGUGGUUACCACAUCCACUCCAGCCCCAGGGUCUCUAACUAUGACCGCUUCUGACUCUGUACAUCCACCUUGCCCCUCAACCUUAAAUAAGCCUCUCCCCUCCCUCGUGACUAUCCCAGAUCCUGUUCCUAAACCUACCCCAGCCCCCAUACCUUUGUCUAAACCCCAACCUAGCCCCGCACCUGAACCAACUCAUACCCCAGUUUCUUUAGAUAAGAUCCGCACCACCACUGCACCUUCUCCGGCUCCAGUUUCUUUGGAUAAGAGGCCCCCUGCGGCCCCUGUGCCCGAACCAACUCCUGCCCCAGUUUCUUUAGAUAAGCCUCAUACCACCACUACACCUGCAGCUGCUCCAGUUUCUUUGGAUAAGAGGCCCCCUGCAAGCCCUGCACCUGAACCAACUCCUACCCCAAUUUCUUUAGAGAAAAUUCACGCCACCACUACAACUACUGCUGCUCCAGUUACUGUGGACAAGAUGCCCCCUGCAUCUACAGUAACUUCAACCCCCACCUCACAUGCAGCUGUGUCUUCCCCUGCCCCCUCCCCCAUGCCCGCUGCCGCAGCUCCAGCACCAAUCUCUCUGCCUAAAACCCCUUCUGCCACAACCACGGCCCCUUGCCCAGCCUCUUCUCCGGCUCCUCCUAGUCCAGCACCUUUGCUGGGUGAAGCCCCGACAUCAGCUAAGACGAAGGGUAGUGGACAGGCCUCAGUGGAUGGACAAUCGGCAAGUCCAAGUAGUGUGGACACCCAGGGGGCCCGGACCACGCCUCCCAAAACAGCAGAACUACAAAACGACCCACGGACCACCCCCCAGGGCCCCACCAGAGAAAGGAAGACGCCACCAGCAAAGACACCAGUUAGUAAAAUACCUGUGGUGGGAGGGGGCAGAGCAGGGAAGCUGCCCGUCCGGGACAACCAACAUACUGAUGAUGAUGGGAGCUGGGACCCACCUACCCCUGUGCUAGAAGAGGAGAGGCCACAUCUGCACACACAACAUGGAGGAAGCAAAGAUAAAGUUGGUGAGGUCGAGGCUAGUGUGCCCACCUUGAAACACGCCCAAGAGGAGAGUCAGCAGCCUCACCAGCCUAAAGUCAUCACCAGUGUACCGCGUGACUCAAAGAUCCCAGUGAAGCACGGCGCACAGUCUCACACCGCAUCUCAAAUCCCUCAAGCUAGAGAACCCCCUCGUACCAAAAUACCAGUGUCCAAGGUCCCUGUCCGCAGAAUUGCUAAGCCCACAGCUGCAGGUAGCAGCGCCCAAAUAAGAAAAUAAAAAUGACGGACUGGACUGAUGAAUGACAUAUAUUACGGCUUUGACUGCAACUUUUUUUCCAAUAUAACUACAUGACUGUCCUUUGUUAUUUCCUCCCUCUCGGCAUUUCUUGGCUCGUCUCUCUGUCAUUUCUUGGCGUCACUCCACCAUAAACAGUGCAGCAGUAAAAGAGUCAAGGAGGCUGGCAGCACUCAAGCACAAGACAUCUCCGCAGGGAGCCAAAGCAACAAGCCUGGCUCUUUGGUGCUGGGUCAACUGGACAUGCACUCAGGUAAGGUUCAGGACAGACCUGAACACACAGCAGCACCGGAACUAAGGAUAAGCAUGAUAAAAAAAAAAAUGGUCCCCAGGGAUUUGCAAGAGAAACACGUGGCACUGAAGUCAUAAACACAACACGGGGCGAGUUCCUUUUUAUAGGUGCUUUUCCUACAGACUAUCAGAAUAAAUCUUUUCUACAAUACUUUUAACUUUUGUUACUCACACUUUUUGUAGAACCUUCAAAACCCUUUGUCUUUCUUUCCAGUAAGUCUCUUUGAUAACCACUAGGUCCUUUUCCUUUCACUCCCGUCAGGAGAGGAUCAGCAGCAUCUCUAAAAAUAAAUGCAACAACCAAAUUCACAUUCCACACCUAACUCUGUCUGUAUGUAGCAGAAAACGUGCCAUUAUGAGCCAGGGGAAUUUUUUUCUCCCUCCGUCCCUAUAUUUUUGUUGUUUAAUUUUUGCACAAUAUAUUGAACUAUACAGCGCCUGUUUGUCUGCCUGCUCAUAAGUAACACGAUCAAAACACACUGUGAACGAUGGGAGAGAUUGUGGCUCCAGAUGACAAAUGGAGAUGACUCCUUUGGAUGAUACGGACAGUAGACACCGGCCAUUAUGAAUGGCAAAGUGGAAUACUGAGCAAGCCUGAGAGGAUGCUGAGAUAAGAUCUCCAUCUUUUGCAGUGGUGCAUCCUUAUCCCUGUCCCACUUAUACUCAGAUGAGAACAAUAUAUUGGUGUAUAGUCUCAUCUAUGUUGUUCUGUUUCCUAUUUAAUCAAUAAAAUGAUAUGAGUACACCUCAGCAAGAUGA